UUGGAAGAUGGAUUGGGUGAGAGGAUCCACCAUUGGACGAGGAAGCUCCGCCGUAGUCUACCUUGCAUUCCACCAUAGCUUCCCCUCUAAUACAUUCGCCGUCAAAUCAACUAGUCUCUCGUCUUCCGCGCUUCUCCAACGCGAAGAAGUUGUACUCACAGAUCUGCAGGGAUGUCCCCAAAUCAUCCGCUGCUUCGGCCACGAUAUCACCGCCGAUAUCUCCAACAAACCAAUCUACAACGUUUUCCUUGAAUACGCCUCUGGGGGCUGCAUUUCAGGCGCCCUACCGGAACCAACCAUCCGCCGCUAUGUUCGUUCCAUCCUCUUCGGUCUUCGACACAUCCACAACAUGGGAUAUGUCCACUGUGACAUCAAACCCGAUAACAUCUUAAUCGUCGACGGAGAAGCGAAGAUCGCCGACUUCGGUCUUGCGAUGAGGGUGGGAAAGGAAUCCUCCAAGGGAAACAUAAGGGGAACGCCGCUAUACAUGGCUCCUGAAUCUGUUUCAAGGAAAGAGAUGUCGAAGGAGGGUAAGGAUUUCCUUCGUUGUUGCUUCCAGAAAGAUCCCAAUAAUCGUUGGACCGCAGAAAUGUUAUUAAUGCACUCAUUCGUGAACUCAUCUUCAGAAUUGGAAUCCGAAGUGGAAGUCAUUAAUUGCUCUGUUUUGCACCAGACCCCCAGAAGUGUGUUAAGUUACUCAUUCACCAAUCCAAUAAUUCCACUGACUCCUCUGAAACCUUUGAAACUGCCGGAUUCAUUUCCGAUAUUGGAAGCAGUGAGAGAGAUGAUGACAGAAUUGACAAUUGAAAAGCGGCCGGAUUGGGCUAACACUUUGUCGGAGGAGGAGGAAGGAUGGCUUACUGUGAGGGAGAAGAGCUCGGGUCGUAAAAUUGAAAAAAAGAUUAUUCUGCCGGAAGAGUCUAUUUUUUAUGCGUUAAGUUCCUUUGCUGAAUCACGAUUGGUGUUCUUCUUGAGCUCUGAUUCAGAGAAAAAUGUAGGGGUUAAUCAUUAA